AUGGAUACCAAGACACCCACCGCAAGUCUCGUUGAGACGUAUCAAAAACAAGUCCUCGAUGGCAUUACCGUAGUCAAUGAGAAACUCUUUUCAUUGUCGUACCCCCGCAGAAAGAAGUACCUCUCAGAACUUCUACCAGCCUUACAUUUACGAAUAAGAGAGGUUGAUUCUUAUAUCGAGAAGCUCAGUGCGGAAGAUCUAGCUGAGGAACUUGCAUCCAUGCACGUUGUCCAGCAGGAUUUGCUGCGCACAAUUCUUUUUGUCCAGAAUUUACUCGACGAAUACAACCAACAGAGAGUUCUCUUAAAGUUCCGCGAACAAUUCACCACUACGCAAACCCCUGCGGUACCAUCUCCAACCGUCAACUCCGAAGUGCUUGAUGUCCAUAAUCCAUUGUCAACGGACCUCAAACCUGGCGAGCCUCCCUUUUUGCUACCAAAGAUGAAAGGCCUCGAAUCUGAAACAAAGGCAGAGGAGCCCUUCAAAAAAUGCAUUCUUCGUCAACCUCGAGAGAAGUUUCCAGAGCAUGGCGUACCAGUUCACAAGGAAGGAGUCAAAUUCAAGGCUGUGAAGGAUGAUAUGGGCGAAGACAAAGAUUGCUCAUACUGA